AUGCCUGACGAUGAUCGCGCGCCCGCAGCUCCAAGCCUGGCCACCGCCUGCGUUCCCGUGAGGUCUCGUCUCACGGCACUCGUGGUUUCACAAGGCCCCCUUCAAGUUUGGGGGGUCCAUGACACAUCCAACCACAACCAUAUUUCAAUGAACGCACGGGUCGCCAUGGUCGCCGUCAUCGUCGUACAUCACCCCCUCCCAGUGACGAACCGGACCACACGGAUCGCGAGAUCGCUUGGCACUCUGACCGAGACCGACCGAACCCGACUUGGCACUGACGGCAGAUCGAACAGGACAAUUCUGUUGACAUUCUUUGCGUCAACGACCCACCGCGUCAAGACAACGAUCACAGCCGACCGACUAACCACGGCUUGCUCUCACGAUAGUACACCAUCAAAUCAGGCAUGCAGUGGCCAUUUCCUGCACUUAACGAUCGCCCUGACAAAUGGAUGGACAAACGAGAACAGGGAAACGGCCUAUUGCCAUCACGUGCGACCCCUUCGACGAGGUGAUGGCGUUGAUCUUGCUUUGAGUCGCUCCGCGCACAUAAGGUCGAGAUUUACCGCCGGCCCGGUCGGACAAUGUCCACAAAUGUCCAUCGGUCAGAGGCCAUACCUGAAGACGGCGUUCGUAGUCGAGGUCAUCAAGGUCAAAGGAGGUCGCACUCCAACACCAGCGGCAAUCGCGUCGGCAGCGACCGUCGCUAACCUUGGCUUAACGCGCCAGACGAGAACGUCGACCGAACCGAAACACGUGGCGGAUCGUCGGCGAGUGAACGAACGUAAGUACGGAUGGACGGGGACAAUGGUGAGCAACGCUGACGGCGACGGUCGAGAUUGUGCAAGGGGUCGGCGAAGCGCCGGGGCGUCAGCCAUCUCAGAGGAAGUGACUCCGAACGCGACAACUGCAAAGAGAGCCGCACGUGGCCGAGGUGUAAUUGACGUUGACGACCUCGUGUUCCUACGAAAUAUGCUAGGUGCAUGCUUACUUGCUGUGUCAUUGGAUAAGCUUUAUUCUUUGGAGGUCGCCGUGCCAUUAGAGAUCAUAGACGAGGAAAAUUUUAAAGAUGUCGAAGGGAACGCGCUUAUAAGAGACAGUGAGCGUAUGGGCAAUCGAGCACAUGCCAGGUGUGCGCUGACUUCUUUACCGUGGGAAGGAGGCAGUCGUCGUUCGUCUCAGCCAAUCAGAUCGUUAGGAGGCGGAGUCGGUCCGGUAUUUCAGCUGCUGCGCGUUUGGCUUUCGAUCAGUGCCGUCUCGAUCGUUCGCUCCGUCGACUGGCUAUUACCUGGGUCAGUAGUAGUGUUAGCACUUCGCUUGUGUGGUCUUCGUUCUCCGUUGUUCCUUCGUCUGAAGUUCGGAGCCAUCCAGUUCUUGCAAAAGUCUUACGUGACGUCAUCGACCAUGAACCCUGUUCCUUGUUGCAGCAGCAAAGUGUUCAAGGCGGCGACGUUGCCCGUGCAGAGCCACCGUCGUUUCCGUGCGUCGAGAGCCAGGAAGAACGGAAGUAGGCCCUCGCGGUCCGCCGUGUGUCGACCCUCGUACACGAUGAGUCUCAAACGGCAGGAGCUUCACAACCUGCAGACGAAAAUCCCCAGUUUGGCUGUCGCUCGGCGUCUGAGCGAGGAAGCCGUCAGGUACAUCGACCAGCUUCACGCGACGAUCCUCGCCAGAGUGAAAUCCGGUUCACUGCCCCAAGGUAAUCGACGUUUCACGAUUCUGUUGGCUUUCGUUCGUUGUUUGCUUUGCACCGUUUUCACUGCACGUAAUGGCGGUUUACACGACACAUGGCGGAGAAGUUAAGC